UGCAUGUGCUUAAUGUCAUUCCAUGUAUUUAACCCAUAGCUCUUUGAAAUCAUAAUAUAGACUUGUGACAUCAUAAUGGCUGAUUCAGGAUCUGACUCUGAUGUGGAACCAACUGUGGCUGAUGAUGUCGUCCUUACUAAAUAUAAGAUGGCUGGUUCCAUGGCUGACAAUGUGAUGAAGAAGUUGAUCGCAAAGUGCGUGGCGGGUGUUUCUGUGCUGGAGUUGUGCAAACUUGGCGAUAAACUUAUUGUGGAGGAAACAUCUGCUGUGUUUAAGAAGGAAAAGGAAUUGUUAAAAGGUGUUGGUUUCCCCACUUGUGUGUCGGUCAACAACUGUGUUUGCCAUAACUCUCCUCUCGAAUCAGAAAAAGACGUUCAAACUCUUAAAGAUGAUGAUUUAGUUAAGAUCGACCUCGCUGUUCAUAUCGAUGGUUUCAUUGCUGCCUCAGCACACACCCUAGUGGUGGGGUGUACGAAGGACAAUCCGGCUACCGGACGUAAAGCCGAUGUUGUGACUGCCGCUCAUCUUUGCGCUGAGGCUGCUCUGAGGCUCGUGAAAGCCGGUAAUAAGACAUCCCAAGUCACCCAAGUAUUGAACAAAGUAACGGAACCUUUCCAAUGCAAACCCGUCGAAGGAAUGUUGUCGCAUCAACUACAACACAACAGGAUCGAUGGCGAGAAGACAAUUAUAUUGAAUCCAUCGGAAAAACAAAGACAAGACCACGAGGAGUCCGAGUUCGAGGUCCACGAAGUUUACGCGGUUGAUUGCCUCGUUAGUACAGGAGACGGUCACCCGAGGGAGCUAGACACACGAACCACCGUUUACAAGCGAAACCCAGACAUCGUUUACCAACUAAAGAUGAAAGCUUCGAGGAGUGUGUUUAGUGAAGUUGAAAACAAGCACAACACGAUGUGUUUCACUUUACGAUCGCUAGAGGACGAGAAAAGGUCGAAGAUGGGAAUCGUGGAAUGUUGGAAACACGGGCUAUGCACGCAGUUUCCUGUCAUGUGGGAGAAAGAAGGGGAGUUUGUUGCCCAGUUUAAGUUCACCGUACUUUUGAUGCCGAAUCUCCCGAUGAGAAUCACGAGUUCGUUCUUCGAUCAAGAUUUCUACAAAUCCUCGUUUCAAGUGACCGACCCGGAAAUAAUGAAUCUAUUGAAUACUUCAACAAGCCGGAGAGCGGCGAAGAAAAAGAAGAAGAAGGCGGCGUCGAAAGCUGUCGUUGAAUCCGCUGAAGUCCCAACGGAAGGCUAAGCAGACGAAGGACAAAUCACUGAUUAUUUUGGCGCCCCCCGGUGUUUCUUUGAGCGGGUCCAAGUUUUUGUGAACGUUUGAGUUGUUGGAUUUGAAAGGGGAAUAAAAUUUUUGCAGGAAAAAA